CCAAAAUCCAAACUGACUCAAGACAGAGAGAAGUCCGCUCACCGUGAAAGACACAACAGUGGACGCCACUCCUGCUGUGUGAGGAAGACUGUCUUCAGGGUUAUUGUGUAUGAGGGAUUCAGAUAGUAUAAGUCUGUGCUGAGAGAUACUGCACUCCACAACUGAAGGACAAAGCCAGAAGAUGAGAUACAGCCCGGUGAUAGCCUCUCUUCUCUGCUUCACCACAUGGAUGAGCAUGGUCCAUGCAAGCAUUGGACCGAUGGCCGGCUGUUGUUACAGGAGGUCUAACACUCGGGUCCCACUUGAAAAAAUUGUGGAUUACACCAGUCAGUCUGAAGGCCUCUGUCCAAUCACAGCCGUAGUGUUCAAGACAAAACUUGGAAGGAGGAUUUGCUCCGACCCUGACAGUGACUGGGCAGUAAAAGCCAUUCGGAAGGUGGACAAGGAGAAAGAAACAAAAGCAUUGCAAGAGAAAGGACUGAAUGAAGAAUCAACAAGCAUCCUCCCACCGGCAGUGUCCAAUGCCCCAAAAAAAGCCCGACGGAAGGGAUCCAGAAAUACGAAGAGACGCCAGAAGAAGAAGUCCAGGCGUGGGAAGACGGUGCAGAAAAAAUGCAUGUGAAGAACCACGAGACCAUUCAAAGCUACCACAGUCACAGUAUAUUGUAUGAACAGUAAACCUACCUGAAAUAAAAGCAGCUUUUUCUACAUCUAUUAAAUAUCCAAUAACUAUUUAUAUAUUACAUAUAUGUUUUAUUAUACCUUGUUGUCAUAAAAGUGUAUAUGUCUUUCAAAAGAGCCUAAUUUUCUACCUUUUCCAGUCAGUUGCAAUAAAGUCUUCUUAAGC